CGCCUGUUUGCCCGAUGGAAGUCGAUACGCAACGCAGCAAGAGUUAGUGCACGGCCAGUGGAUUGCAUGCAUAAUUGAUCCAAUGGCUAACAUUAAUUAGGGCGACGUGGCUGCAUGAGAGGCAAAAAAAUAGUGGGAGGCUUCUAUUUAGAUAUAGAAAGACUAUAGUGUUUAUUGUACUGUCUGGCACUAUCAUAAAUUGAGCUGAGGUGUCCUUUGUCUUACUCUACGCUCCCAGCUAGGACCUCGACUCGGUCAAUCUCGCGGUGCUAUUUAUAUGCCAGCUCGCCGGUGCUGCACCACAGUGACCUAUAGGUUACCAUUGCGCAACAAAAAGCCAGCGUGUGUAUCUGAGCGUAAUCCUUCCAUGGCACCAGUGGCCGGAGGUGCGGCGACGGCGAUGCUGCAACUUCUCCUCGUCACUCACCUCAUCGUUGCCACCUGCAGCAACCGACAGGUUCGAUUCCGUCGCUGGCCACCCUAUUUUCGCCAGUUUUUACAGGAACGCAUAAGGGAACUGGGCCGGCCCAAAUCGUCGCUGGCCACCCUUUUUUCGCCAGUUUUUACAGGAACGCAUAAGGGAACUGGGCCGGCCCAAAUCGCGGCAGGGGGUGUGCCCUGCAGGCGCUCGUUAGCAAAAUGGCCUAUAACGGGCGCGCGCCUGUUUGCCCGAUGGAAGUCGAUACGCAACGCAGCAAGAGUUAGUGCACGGCCAGUGGAUUGCAUGCAUAAUUGAUCCAAUGGCUAACAUUAAUUAGGGUGACGUGGCUGCAUGAGAGGCAAAAAAAAUAGUGGAAGGCUUCUAUUUAGAUAUAGAAAGACUAUAGUGUUUAUUGUACUGUCUGGCACUAUCAUAAAUUGAGCUGAGGUGUCCUUUGUCUUACUCUACGCUCCCAGCUAGGACCUCGACUCGGUCAAUCUCGCGGCGCUAUUUAUAUGCCAGCUCGCCGGUGCUGCACCACAGUGACCUAUAGGUUACCAUUGCGCAACAAAAAGCCAGCGUGUGUAUCUGAGCGUAAUCCUUUCAUGGCACCAGUGGCCGGAGGUGCGGCGAUGGCGAUGCUGCAACUUCUCCUCGUCACUCACCUCAUCGUUGCCACCUGCAGCAGCCAACAGGCGGCAGGUCUCAGAGGAGCUGCUGUGCCUGCACUCGUCUCGGUGCCCAUGCCGACAAUCACGGCUGACUCACCAGAUCAGUUCCGCGGCAAGCUUCGACUUCCACGUUUUGCUUUGCCAAGCCACUAUGAGCUCCAUUUCCGCCCUGACCUCAUGUCCUACACCUUCUCUGGUGUGGUGGCAAUUACUGUCGUCGUCUUAGCACCGACCCGUUUCCUCGUGCUCAAUGUUAUGGAACUCACCAUUGACCGUGCAUCCAUUCACUUCAAGUUGUCUCAAUGUUUGGUGCCAACCGAGGUGGUGUUUUUCAAGGAUGACCAAAUUAUGGUGCUCGGGUUCCGUAAAGAGCUUCCACUAGGUGAGGGUGUUCUCAGGGUGCACUUCAAUGGCACCCUCAAUCAUGAGAUGAUGGGAUUUUACAGGAGGCGAAGUUCAAGGUAACAUUAGAAGUUUCAUCUGAGAUGGUAGCACUUUCCAACAUGCCUAUAUCUAGUGAGAUAGUGCGUGGUUCUAUGAGGAUUAUCCAUUUUGAGGAAUCACCUCUCAUGUCAACUUAUUUAGUUGCCAUGGUUGUUGGUAUUUUUGACUUUGUUGAGGAUGUAACAUCGAAAGGCACUAAAGUUCGUGUGUACACUGAAGUUGGUAAGAGUUCACAAGGGAAGUUGGCAUUGGAUGUUGGGGUGAAGUCAUUGGAUUUCUAUAAUGAUUACUUUGGCACUCCCUAUGCACUCGCUAAGUUGGAUAUGAUUAGUAUCCCUGAAUUUAAUUGGAUGGGAAUGGAGAAUUACGGACUGAUCACUUUCCAUCCCACGGUCUUUCUUUUUGAUGGUCCAUCUACAACAUCCACAAAACUACAGGAAAUUGCAGUACUUGUGGCACAUGAAUUGGCUCAUCAAUGGUGUGGAAAUCUUGUAACCAUGGAAUGGUGGAAUCACUUAUGGUUAAACGAGGGAUUUGCUACAUGGAUGAGCUAUCAAGCAGUAGAUUCCUUUUUUCAGAAGUGGAAUAUUUUGCUGGAUUUUCUUGAGAACACAAUGUCUACUCUUAAAUUGGAUUCAAUAGCAGGGUCUCAUCCUAUAGAGGUUGAAAUACACCAUAUCAAUGAAAUCGUUAGGAUUUUUGACGACAUCAUUUAUAUUAAAGGCGCUUCUAUUCUUCAAAUGAUACAUAGCUACAUUGGAGCAGAGCGUUUUCAGAUAGCAUUGAAGAAAUAUAUACAAAAGUAUGCCUACUCAAAUGCUAAAACAGAGGAUCUAUGGGUCGUGCUUGAAGAAGAAACUGGCGAGCCAUUCAAGGAUUUCAUGAGUACGUGGACAAAGCAACCAGGGUUUCCUAUAAUUAAUAUAAAACAUAAAGGGAAAGGAAUCCAAGUUGAACAGGCCCAAUUUGUGCUAGAUGGAUCCUCUCGAGCUGGCUUGUGGGAUGUGCCAAUAACUUUAAGAUGCUCUUCAUCAACAAAUAAAUUCAUUUUGAAACACAAGCAUGAUAAUUUUGAUGUAUGUGGUGAACGGGAGAGGGGUGGAAAUAUUUGGAUUAAGUUGAAUGUAAAUGAAACAGGGUUUUAUCGAGUGAAGUAUGACAAAGAAAUUAAAACUAGACUUCAGAACGCAUUAGAGGCCAAUGAGUUCUCUUCAAUGGAAAAAAUUGGAAUUUUGGAGAACUCACUUAUGCUUUCCAUAUCAAGAGAAGACACACUAGCAUCAUUGCUAUGUAUAGCGUAUACUUGUCGGGAAGUAGCCGACUACAAUGUUUUGACACACAUACAAGCUAUAACUAUAACUGUUUACCAUGUAUCUAUUGAUGCUACGCCUAACUUGGUUGCUGACAUCAAAAAGCUUGUCACUAAAAUUCUUCUGCCACCUACUCUAAAGUUGGGUUGGGAUCCCAAGGAUGGUGAGGGAGACCUAAUAGUAAGUUUGAGAGAAACUCUCUUGGUUUCCCUUGUAAAACUUGGACAUGAUCAUACCAUAAGUGAAGGUCUUCGACGCUUUGACACCUUAAUCCAUGAUCACAACUCUUCUAUCCUUUCUCCUGGUACCAGAAAGGAAAACUGGGACCGUGUCCUGAAGGUUAUUCCCAAAAGAGACCUAUUGUGGAGUAUUGUGCACGACAUUCUUCCAUUGUUCACUACCAAUGAAAAGGCAGAAGAGAUUGCCAAGGUCUUCAGAAACUACACAGAUCCGGAACUUCAGAGUGCACUGCAAGUGAAACUUCAGAUGGUGCGUAUCAACAUGAGAUGGAUCGACGGUAUCCAGUGUGAGCCCAACCUUGCACAGAUGGUGGAUGAAUUGCUUCACGAGCCCUAAUGUGUUGUUUUCUUGUAGUGUUAGCUUUAUGUGCUCAACAAUAGUGGGGAAGCUACAAGUUACUUCUUGAACGUACUAUUGUUGUCCGCAAUAACAUGUUUUUCUUAAUUAUUAUGCAUUGAAGAUGUCUCUUAUUUUCUAGAAUGAGAAUCCACCUAUCUAUGCUGAUGUUCAAAAGGCACCAAGGAAAUAUUUACACUUAAA